AGACUUCCCGCCAUCGCGGUAGGAAGUGACCAAUCAGCUGAUUGGUAAUAUUACUGUGCUGUGCUUUCAUUUCUACCAUCGCUGUCACAUCUGGAUAACACCGGUGGUGGUUGAAAGAGACCUGACAAUUUUAUCUUCAAUUAGGAAUCAAGACUCGAGCCUGGCAUUUAAAACUCUGACGCCCCAAACAAUCCGUGACGAGUGACGAGUGACGUGACGCGACGAGUGACAGUGACGCGAGUGACGGUGACAUGACGGAGUGAUCGGGAGUGAAAGUGACGUACCGUGACGCGACCAUGGAUUCGUCACUGGGGCGUCGCAGUGGGGGUGUGAUGCGGCUGAGGAGGGAACGUCGAGGAGAAGAUUGGCGGGAGUGUAGCACCAGCGAGGAGGAGCGAGAGAGAGAGGUUUAUUCUGCUGGGCUGGCGUCCAUCCUGGCAGGAUAUGCGAGAGGAGAGUCCUAUCUGAGCAGUGCCAGUGAAGAUGUGCCGGUGGCGGAGAGGAGACCCCCAAGUGGAUCAAACUCUCCCACUUUGCCUGCCCACUACCGCCACCACAGUCCUAGUAGACAGGCCUCGCCAUAUCCCAUUGAAUCAACAAACCUAACGUCGGGCACGUCAACUCCGGUGAACCCUAGUCUGAGUCCUAGGUUUGCGGGAGGGAGAGCUCAGGGGUACAAGAAGUCCUCUUCUCUGACCGGAGUAGUGGUGGGUGGCAAGAACAGCACAGGCACUCUAGGCAGCAGGAGAAAACAUGUGACGUCAUCGUCCAGUAUGACGUCAUCCGCCAGCUCUGACAACUGCUGUCACAGUGACGUCACAUAUCCCGAGGUCGACCGAAGGAAAGACCUUGUUGAAGAGCCCAGAGACCAUUCGCCCCCAGAGCCAGCGCCUCCUGAGGUGCCUCCUAGAGGGCCGUCCCUGCACCAUCCCUCGCUCGGCCACCGCGCCAGGACCACCCCUGACAGCGUUAGCAACUAUGUCUUCCCGUCUCAAGUGAGCUACGAUGAUUGUCCGGAUGAGCUGAAACAAGAGAAGUCAAGGAAGGAAUACAACAAUAAAGAAUACCUGAUGCCUGGCAGUCCACGUUCCUACGCUAACAAGUCCCCGGACUACAAUCCUGCCGAGCUAAACGCCACACAUCACCACAGGUUGGGCUCGACGCUGUCCUCCACGACGACGGCCGGUGGAGGUGUGCUAGUCUCAGCUCCUUCAGCACCUCCUGCCGUCAUGCCUGUGUUCCCUCUACGACCCAGUGGCUCGGCGCCCCAAUACUCACCUUACUCUCCCUCUCGCUUCCACAUAGACAAGCGAUGUCGCCACCGCUGCUCAUGGAAAUGCUGCAGUAUAGCGCUCAUCCUCGUGUCUGUCGUCCUCACCGCUAUGCUCGCCUACUUCGGAGCAGUAAAUUCGAUGAGAUCGAAUUUGGAUCCGAGCAGUUGUAUUCUGGUGGAAGACGCCAAAGUGAUUGCUGCUGAUGACCAAAUGGCUAGAGACUCGACGGCAUCUGUUCAAACACCUACUGAAGAGUCACUAUCGACCAGCACUACGGGAGGAUGGGGGCCGAGCCCCAGCCUGGCUGCUUCCAGUGACCAGAGUCAACAGCAAUAUCCUCAGCUUGAUCUGGAGAUUGACACCUUCAGAGCCCCUCAGAGAACCACCAUCCCCCCGGCCCAGUUCUGGAACAUCCAGUUUAGGAACAAGCAACCAGCCUUCAUCAGAUUCAACAUGAGUCUACCGUGGGGUGCCAACUUUGCUGUCUACGGGAGACGCAAUGUCGCCCCUAGCAUCACGCAGUAUGAUUUCUCGGAGUUUGUGAAAGGUGGUAGAGUAGAUCACAGGAUAAAAAGAGAGACCAAUAAACUCCUGUCUGACUUCCAACACGCUGUCAGCUUUACACCUCUGAUAUCUGAAAAUGCCAGGUUACGUGAACAACUUCAUCACUUCAGUCCAACAUUUCUGGGUGAGAGGAGCAGUCAGUUUUCUGAGUCCUCCUCAAAGACCAAUGACCUUGAAGAUGCCGCAGACAAUGACAAGUGGAACAGCAGAUCUCUGUAUCCGGAGGCCCACUUGAUCACCAAGCGGUCAACCAAUGGUCAUCUCUUGGUGAACGUCACACUGCUGCAGUAUCUAGACACCGGCCGGUGGUACGUCUCACUGUACAAUGACGAUCUGCAGGUCCACGAAGUCAUCUUGACCAUUGAGGAGGCCGAGGGGAUUUCCACAGCUUGUCCCAACGACUGCUCCGGUCAUGGUUCCUGCUACUUGGGCAAGUGCGACUGCAUUGAUGGAUUCGAAGGGAUAGACUGUUCCAAAAGUGUGUGUCCAGUUCUGUGCUCCAACCACGGCAAGUAUGGUGGAGGGUUGUGCCACUGUGAGGAGGGAUGGAAAGGCGCGGAGUGUGACAUUCCCCUCCACGACUGUCAGGUUGCAGACUGCUCAGGACACGGUCGCUGCAUCAGGGGUUCCUGCGUCUGCCAGCCGGGUUGGAAAGGUCCUGCCUGCAACAUCGAGGACUGUGUGGACCCGUCGUGUUCGGGCCACGGGUCCUGCGUCAUGGGACGGUGCUACUGCAAAGCUGGCUGGCAGGGAACUAACUGCUCUCAGGUGGACCAAAAGGUGUACCAGUGUCUUCCAGGGUGUUCAGAACAUGGAACGUAUGAUUUGGAGACUGGAGCUUGCAUCUGCGAGGAAUUCUGGACUGGUCCAGAUUGUUCUCAAGCUGUUUGCAGCCUAGACUGUGGCGUGCAUGGCCGCUGUGACCAAGGCCAAUGUGUGUGUCUGCCUGGCUGGAGCGGAGAGCGAUGUGACUUGCUACCUUGCGACUCACGCUGUGCGGAACACGGACAAUGCAAGAACGGAACCUGCGUCUGCUCACAGGGCUGGAAUGGCCGACACUGCACUCUACCCGGGUGUGUAAACGCCUGUAACCGCCACGGCAGCUGUGUGCUUGUGGAUGGAGAUUACCAGUGCCAAUGCAGUGAUGGCUGGGCAGGUGUGGACUGCAGCGUCAGGCUGGAGAUGGACUGUAAUGACGAGGUUGACAAUGACCAAGAUGGCAUGGUAGACUGUUCAGACAGUGAGUGCUGCUCUCACCCAGCAUGUAAUGAACACAUUAUGUGUCUGGCAUCCAACGAUCCCGUAGAAGUGCUUCUUCGGAAACAACCGCCGUCGGUCACCGCCUCGUUCUAUCAGAGAGUCAAGUUUUUGGUUGAGGAAAACUCUGUUCAAAGCUAUGUCCACCAGGACGAGUACACAGAAAGUCAAUUCUGGAACUCAUUUUCUCCUCGGAGAGUAUCCGUGAUGAGAGGUCAAGUUUUGUCUCCUCAAGGCCUCGGGAUAGUCGGGAUCAGAGUAUCCGUGGAUCGUGAUUCUCGAUUCGGAUUUACCCUUACUAGAGCUGGCGGAUGGUUCGAUGUUCUGGUCAACGGAGGAGGUGCAGUGACACUUCAGUUCCAGCGGAGCCCCUUCCAGCCUCUCACACGCACCCUGUUUGUCCCCUGGAACCAGAUUGUGGUGCUUCCUCCCAUCACCAUGCAGUUAGGGGACGAUGCGGAUGGAUAUAGAGGACCCCCGCACCCUGUGCUCUCCUUAGGCGCCCCUAGUUUGACGACUGCACUGCACAUGGUUGAGCCUUGUUUGGACCAUGACAAUACUCUUCUGGUACCAGUAGUCCUCUCAACAUGGAUGCCUGAGAAAGUCGGCGGUAUGGCAGGAAAAAGUCUCAUCUUUGCUGAAACUCAGAUGCUGCAAGAAAGUAUCCGUAUCCCUGGAUCAGGGCUCCAUCUAAUGUAUCGCAGCAGCCUUGCCUCUGGAUACCUCUCUAGAGUGGUCAUGAGGCUCACUCAUUCCCUCAUUCCUCGGUCCCUCGUCCGAGUGCAUGUUCGAGUGGAGAUCGAGGGAUCCGUGCACAGCAAGACCUACGAAGCAGAUCCCAACCUCACUCACACCUUUGCUUGGAACAAGCGCAAUGUUUAUAAACAGAAGGUUUAUGGAGUGGCCCAGGCAAAGAUAUCGGUGGGCUACGAACACGCAACUUGUCCAAACAUCAUCUGGGAGACACAAACAGCUAUGCUGCAAGGGUUUGAUGUUGACAUUUCUGAUGUUGGGGGUUGGAGUCUGGACAUUCACCAUCAUUAUAACUUCCAUGAAGGUAUUCUGCAGAAGGGAGACGGUUCCACCUUGCAUCUGAAGCAGUUCCCGCGCACAGUGCGUGUGGUGAUGGGCACUGGACUACAGAGGCCUCUUGUGUGUAAGGACUGCGAUGGUCCUGCCAAGGACGCGCGAUUGCUGACCCCGGUAGCUCUCACCUCAGGACCUGAUGGAUCGUUGUAUGUCGGAGACUUCAACCUGGUACGGCGUCUCACUCCACAAGGAAGUGUGUACACCGUGCUACAACUCAGUGCCACCCAAGUUUCCUACCAGUACUACUUGAGCCUCUCCCCAGCGGACGGUCGUUUGUACAUCUCCGACCCUGAGAGGCAUCAGAUCCUGCGGGUGCUGAACCUGGACUCUGUCCCGGACCCCAGCAUAAACUGGGAGCCGGCUGUAGGGUCCGGGGAAAGAUGUAUCCCGGGAGAUGAGACCAGCUGUGGAGAUGAAGGACCUGCCAUCUCGGCCAAACUGGCACAUCCUAAAGGCCUAGCUAUAGCAGCUGACAAGACCAUGUACUUUGCUGAUGGGACCAACAUCAGGUCCGUUGACCCUGAUGGUAUCAUUCACACUCUGAUUGGACAUCACCGUCAUCUCAACGUGUGGCAACCAAUACCAUGUCUGGGAGCUAUCCCUGCUCAGCAGGCUCAACUGCAGUGGCCUACAGGAUUGUCGUUGAGUCCGUUAGAUGGCAGUCUUCACUUCAUCGAUGAUCGUCUAGUGCUGAAGCUUACAGCUGAUAUGAAGGUCAAGGUUGUCGCUGGCACCCCUCUCCACUGCCACUCACACAAGGAUGACAAAAAAUCUGAUGGACAUGCUCCUAGAACUGAGAGUCAACAUAAAAAUCAGAACCAAGACGACGACAGUCCAUCCACGCUGGGACAAGUGUUAGCUUUAGCGUUCAGUCCCAACGGACAGCUGUUCAUCGCUGAUAGUGACUCUCGCAAGGUGAAUGCCAUCAGAGUAGUCGAUCCAGCUGGUAGAAUGGCUGACUUUGCUGGUAGAGGACACUUCUUUGACAAAAGGGAAUGUGACUGUGUGGCCAGCAACAGUUCCUCCACUGUCCCAUGUCAGUGUUGGACAGAGACUAGCAUCACCUCACGUGAGACCCUCAUGUCUACCACUGCUAGGUUCACCUCCAUCUCUGCCAUCGCUGUCUCUCCUGAUGGUGUCGUUAAUGUUGCCGACCAGGGUAACCUACACAUCCUUGCUCUGGAACACUACUUGGCCACUCAUGACGAGAAUGGAGAGUUUCGUAUUCCCUACACUCCGACCGGAGAGGAAUACAUCUUCAACAGAUACGGACAACAUAUCACCACCCGGGACAUUACCACGGGGAAGCCGAAAUACACAUUCCUCUACAGCAAAAACACCAGCUUCGGCAAACUGAGCACGGUUACGGACAGCGCUGGCAACAAGAUACUGUUUCUAAGAGACUACAGCAAUGUUGUGAGUGCCAUAGAGAACACUCAAGACCACAAGUGUGAGUUGAACAUCUCGGGUGUCGGGUUCUUGACCAAGUUCUCGGAGAAAGGUCGCUCAGAAGUUGUUCUGGACUAUGAUUCCAACACUGGACUCCUCACUAGCAGGGCUGACCUCAUGGCUGGGGGUGGUUCCACAUACCUAUACCAGUACGACCACCUUGGACGACUGUCAUACGUGGUGCUGCCUACUGGAGAGAGCAUCAACCUGGCCUCUCGCCUGACAGCUGACGACCAGUUGGAGGUACAGGUGUCCUCUCCUGUCCAGGCGUCAGUCAACAUGGAGUCCACAACACAUGUCACCACCUUCAAGAUGGAGGGCCACAGCAACAAGAAAAUGACCAUUAGAGAAGGUCUCGCCGGGUUGUCAGAAGCUUUGAGUCUGCGUAAUGGCUCGUUCGUCCUGCGUCACCACUCAGGCAGCUCAGUGCAGGUGUCUGCGGAGGCACGUCACCCACUGCUGGAGCUGUCACUGCCAGUAGAGGCCGAGAUGUUCAGACUGUGGAGCCGUCAGCUCGGCCAGCGUGGGCCAGUUGCCAACAGUAUGGCCUGGACAUACGCUCUGGUGGGCGACGCAGGCACUAGCCACCAGACUAUACACCGCCAACUAUGGGUGAACAACUCGCGAGUACUAGGUGUGAUGUAUGAGCAGAAGACAGGCAGAGAGACUAUCCUGGACAGUGAGAAGGAACCGCUGUUGGAGGUAAGGUUUGACGGCAACGGACUUCCUCUCUCCUGGCAACCUGGGCAGACAUCACUCCCCGUCAACAUCACUUAUGACAGAUUUAACAGAAUAGAGAGUUGGGCGUGGGGUGUACAGUCGGAACACUACAGUUAUGACAGACAUGGACUGCUGGCAGAAAUCAAGACCAAACAGGAUGGAAGCACUCUAUUCUCCUACAAUGACGGAAACAUGCUCAGUCACAUAACCCUGCCGAGUGGUCGCAAGUUCACACUGCUGUAUGAUGAGCUGGGAGGCCUACGUCACGUAAUGCUGCCGUCUGGAACACGUCACUCGUUUUCAGCACAGCCGUCCAUCGGUUUCAUACGUUACACAUACACUCCCCCAGGGUCCACCAGAGCAUACCUCCAGCACUUCACCCACGGGGGACAUCUUCUACAGACUGUCUAUCCAGGGGAUGGUGCUCGUGUACUGUAUAGAUACCACAACUCUGACCAACUGGCUGAGGUUGUUCAUGGCGACGGAGUGACUCAGAUCAAGCAUGUUCCCAACACCAACCUGCCUAGUCAGAUUCUGCACACAGAGAAGGACUUUGAGUAUCGGUGGGACUACCAGUACAGUGGUGGACUACUGCAGGAGGAGCGACUGGACUACAGUCCCAAGACUGGCCUCAGCAACGCCAAGUUCACCUACCAGUACGACGACAACUUCCGAGUCAUCUCUGUUCAAGGAAGGAUUGGAGGACAGAGUCUACCUGAGCACGUGGUGCAAUACAAUGCUCGGACAGGGGCUAAACAGCAACUGGGUCAGUUCACGCUGAGUUGGCCCCAAGACAACGAGACUUCCCUGUCUGAUGGGACAGCUGUGUUCAGCCGAGUCACCAACUCAUACUUUCAAGUGGCUUCAGUCUCCGUAACCAUCCACACGGUCGAAGUGUUCCGGAUGGAGUUUGCUUACGACUCUAGGAAUCGCGUCAGCCAAACCCGAACUUACACCCGGAACGUAGGUGUCAACAUGUAUACCAACAUCAAGAACUUGACAUACGAUCCCGAUGGACAGUUGGCAGCAGUGGAGGCCCAGGAACCUUGGGGAUUCAAGUAUGACAACAAUGGAAACAUGCUACAUCUUACAUACAGGGCAAACACAAUCCCAAUGGAGUACAAUGUGAUGGAUCGUAUCGUGAAGCUCGGUGACGGAAUGUACAGAUAUGACAACAGAGGUUUGGUGGUGCAGAACGCAAGAGAGGAGAAAUUCCACUACAAUGCCAAGGGAUUGUUGAUAAGAGCCACCAAGCGAGGGAGGUUUGAUGUACGAUACUACUAUGAUCACUUAGACAGACUCGCCACGAGGAAGGACAACUAUGGAAAUGUCACACAGUUCUUCUACACCAAUCACCAGAGGCCUAACGAGGUUUCCCAGAUCUACAGUCCCCGUGAUGGCAAGUUGAUGACGUUGGUGUAUGACGACAGAGGACACCUGAUCUUUGCCCAAGUUUACCGUCACAAGUACUACAUCGCCACAGACCAGUGUGGUACGCCAGUCAUGGUGUUUAACCAAUAUGGUGAAGGCAUUCGGGAGAUCAUGAGGUCCCCUUACGGCCACAUUGUGUACGACUCAAACCCGUACCUCUACCUUCCUGUGGACUUCUGCGGAGGUCUUUUGGAUCAGGUGACAUCUUUGGUUCACAUGUCUGGAGGGAAGGUUUACGACCCUCUCAUUGGUCAAUGGAUGUCUCCAAUGUGGGAGGACGUACUCAACAGAGUGACCAACCCGAGGCAGCUGCAUCUCUACCGCUUCAACGGCAACGACCCCAUCAACGUCGGUCAAGCGCAGAGACAUCUUGCUGAUGAAGAGAGCUGGUUGUCGCGGCUUGGCUAUGACUUGUCAAGUUUAGCUCCUCAGUUAUCCAAGCAGCAAGGCGUCCCUCAAACUGACAAGUUCAGAGUCACCUCAGGGUUCUACUCUCAACUGAGCCAGAAGAUGAUGACAGGAGGGCUCAGCUCCCUCAGUCACCCAGAGGCUAAGAUGAGACUAGAUCCUCUCAGUCCGGCACUAGCGUCCAGCCGAGCUCAGCCGACCAAGUCUGUCUAUGGCAUGACGUCGCAGCACAUACAGAACUGGCUGCUACAGCCAGGUUCUUCCUCAGAGCCUCCAUUUGGAAGAGGGAUUCUAGUCUCGCGUCAAGCCGGCAACCGGGCGGUCGUCCAUAGUGUUCCUACAGCAAACGCCAUCUACAGGGACGUCAUCACGUCUGUUUUCAACAACACGUUCCUGUUACCGUUCACUCUAGUUGCACACGGGGCGCUGCAGGAUGCGUUCCACUUUGUGAAGGAAGACGCGUGGCGAGCGUCUGAAGACAGAGCACAGCUCAAGCGCUUCGGAUCCCAGUUCAACACGACUUUCCACGAGAAAGACGGUGAAGCUGGAUCUGGGAAGGUUCUUGAUGUGAGAAUACACCGUCCGAACGCAGUGAUAAACCUGCGCUACGGAACCACACUGACGCGGGAACGCCAGAGGCUGCUGCACCAUUGCAAGACAGCAGCGCUGCGCAAGGCGUGGCAUCGAGAACGUGACGCACUGCGCAACAACGUCCCCGCAGCGUGGGACUGGUCACAACAAGAGGCUGACGAGAUACUGAAGCUGGGAGCAGCAACCGGAUAUGAUGGGGAAUAUAUCCGAGACGUAGACAGAUAUCCAGAACUGGCUGAGGAUCCGUACAACAUUAGGUUUGUCAAGAAGGCCCAAAGUCGGCGAUAGUACACAGGGUAGAGUUUAACAUGGCGCUAGACAAUAGUGGAAGCAAAAUAUGAUUUUAAGGUGCUACGAAUAGUCACAACAAAUUUUUUCGGUUUGUGAACGAAAACGUAACAAUGUUCUUAAGGUUAACUCCUAACAUUUUCGCUUCCACUUUUGAACUACGUACAGAAUGAGUUGUGAUAGUAUUUUUUGACGAUGGUUCUCUUUUCUGAGACUUUGAUGUGAUUUAACUUAUUUAAAUUGAAAAAAAACAAUUUACUGAUGUAUGACGUCAGAAUCGAGUCGACACUACAUUCCCGAGAACGUUUGAGAUUUUCUCGAAUUUUUAUGAGAUAUUUGUAAAUAGCGAUUAAUUUUAUAUGAGUGCUUGUCCAAUCCACACCAUAAUGUUGUUCUUUGUUACCUUUGUGUAAAUAAAAAGAUAUCUUUUAAUCGUCUAGCCUUAUCUAUAUCUAGAUAUACGAAUGGUACUUAUCGGUCAAAGUAUUUUUCUGAAACAGAAUAAUUUUGUAAGAGUCGUUUCAGCUUGGGGUCCCUCUGAAUGGUGCUGAAGUGUUUUGAUUUCACUGUUGUCUAAAGCCUGUUUAAAGAUAAGUUAGGUGUAUAAGUCUGUAUAUUGAUAACUACGUUAGAACUUUGUAUCAGCCUUUCGUACUUUCAUUAUGGUAUAUGACGCAACAACUGGAAUCGUUUAAAAUCACAACCCUUUGUAAAGAGAAAUGCUGGAGAAACGACGUUACCUCGAAUAAACCGUUUCAAGCUUUUGAAUUCUGAUCAUUACAUUCAUAGAGAGCGUCUAGUGAAUUGUAAAUAUACCAAAAUGUGCGCUACAUUGAAUCCUAAAGUUGUCCUUAAAAUCAAAGUAUAUUUUUAUGAUCAUUAUUGCCUAUUUAAAAUAAGCGUUUUAGAAUAUCAAUUUAUUAGUGAUAAAAUGCCUUUCUGGGCAAGUACGUGUAAUAUAUGCAUGGUAUGUUUCAUGUCACAAUUUCGUGUAAGCUUGACCAAUAUUUUUAUCAGUUGUCGGUGUCCGUAGAGCAUGUACAAUCCGUCUUUGUCAGAAUCUAUAUUCCAGUUGUUGCACAAUAUAUGUUUUCUACUCAAAUUUACUCGAUUCACGAUAUAAGGAAUAUACUCAAAUGACUUUUGAAUGAGCGAGUGAAAGGAAAAUUUAACGUUUUAUACAGAGUGAUGAUUUUUUAGAGCUUAUGUAAAUAAAAGUAUUAAUAUUGUCAGAGAAUUAUGUAAAAAUAGAAUAUUUUGUCAGGCCUAUGUCGAAUGAGUGUGUGAAUCUUCGAGUGUGGAUGGUGUGAAAACGGAAUUAUUUAAGUAAUGUUUCUAUUUAUAUGUAACAAGACUUAGAAUAUAUAAAUAUAUAUAUGUUAUAUGUUUACCUCGUUCCCAAAAUCAUUUAGACUGUUAAUGAGGCUUAGUUUGAGUAGUUUGAUCAAAUUUUCAACUUCCUAAUUUUUAGUUUUUGCUAUUGAUCUCAAAUUUGUUAUUUAUUUAGAACACAUUGCAUUGAAAUAACUUUUAAAAUUGUUUCAUUACAUCACAUGUAUUUACUGAACUUCUUUUAUUUUUUACUUUUUGUAUUAGUGUACUUGAUAUCCGACUAUUGUUAUUGUAUUAUAUUAUAUUUGUAUAUGUAUUUUAUUGUAAAUGUUUUAGGCUACUGAUUAUCUUGAUUGUGUUACCUAAUUUCCUUUUAGGAUGGUAAAAUUUUAUUUUUUAGUGAUAACUAUUCUUGUUUACGGAUAUUUAGGGUUCAAAUAAUUUUCCAAAAUGUUAUAUCAGUUUCCUAAUUUUGUUUAUGGUAAUAGUUUUGAUUUGAGGUAUCACAAUAAAAGCUGUAUAUGAAGACAUUCAUACAUGCAACUGUGAAUAAUGUUUUGAGACACUGUAAAAUCAGAAAACAGAAGAGAAAUUUGUUAAUUACUAAAACUAAUCUCGUAACAUUGGUUUUACAUUGAAUAUUUUUUUUGUCUCAAAGUACUGUGUUCCUAAUGAUUCUUCAAAGGUCUGUCAUGAGAUUUCUUUGUCUGUGUACAAUGCACUUUAGUCCUACAAUAGAUGUCAGAUGUGUCCUUAAUUGAUGUUGCUCUCUGAAACUGCAUCCGUUUGUUUUCUCUAAUAAAUGUUUAGUAAAUUUAUUUACUUUCCUCUUCUUGGUGUAUUCAGGAGAAUGAUCAGUACUUCAAUCAUAAAAGAAUCUAUUUAUCAUUGCCAUCUUUACCAGACUUAGGGUUUAAAUAUUGUAUGCAUCUUAGUCAGAAGGGAUGUGCAGACUAAGUCAAUAAGUUCUCUAAUGAGACUGAAAUAUUUGUGUAACAAAAUCUUGAUUUAUUGAGACCUAAUCAGUGGCCAACCAUACUCCUGAACGUUAUUUUUUAAUACACCUUUAAAAAGUCUUUGACAACAUUAACUCAACCAAUUCAUCUUACCUUCUGAAACCCGCAACUCGUUUCAAACAAAACUACCUUCUUAUUCCCUGACAGGAUUCCCAAACUUAUAAAUUAGAUCAAUGUCUACUUUACAAACUGUUUGGUCCUUUGGCCUCGACACUUAACAGGAAUAAUUGCAUGUGUUGGAUCGUAUUCAUCAGCAUUUACUGAAUCUUUUUAGGACUGCUAGUGAUAUUGUGAUAUUGAUAUACUGAUUUUUCCCUGGAUAAAUCAAGAUGAGAGAGUAUAUAUGUUAUUCUUGAAUGGACGAAAGAAUGGUUGUAAACAGUUAGUUUCCCUCGGUCUGCUCCUAGAUUACGUGACGACUGAUCAGUUUUCAUAUGUGUUGACUAACGUGUAUUAUUGACAAGCUUACAGAGUACAGCCUUAUUUGCAUAUAAUUUUAUACUAGAGGCCCCCAGAUCAGUUAGAUGCUAGAGUUCCCUUUGCAUCUUAGAAAUUCCAAUUUUGUAGAAAUUUAAGUCCUUAUUUCAUUACAUUUUGCAUCAAAAGUGAUUUACCUUGAUGGGUGUUUCAGUCACCUUAGCAGUUACGUUGUUUUUUUUUUUUUGUUUUUUUUAGGUAGGAACGCAAACAAUCAAAUUAUCCGUCCAAAGUAAUCACAAUUUUCAACUUUCAAGACAUGAAGUAGUUUUUUUAAUAUAAUUUCUUUACUUAAAAGUACAAUUCAAUUUUUUUUUUCAGAAACAUGUUAAACUAAAAUAAAUGUUGUUUGAACUUACAACUGUUUAUGCAUGUAAUCCAGUGAGAAAAUCCAAUAAAUAGUCAUAUUGAAUUUUUUUCUAAUUUGAAGGCCAGAAACACCCAUCGAGUGAUUUACCAUAUUUAAUCAUAUUUUGUUUAAUUCAGAAAGAUAUUUUUAUCAGAAACAUUCCUACCCCAUGAGACAGUUACAGAUUAGUGUGUGUAUCGACUAUUACACAAGUAUUGUCAAUUGUUUAUAAUGUAAUGGCUCGGAGUUCACGCACGUGUACUGUAUAUCUGACAUACACAAUGUAAUUCACUUUAUGUUUUUUCUGGAAUAUGUCAUAUUCCUGAUGGGAAUGUGGAACCUUUACACAGCUUCUUAUAACAUGUUACCAUAUAAAACCCUUAAGUAUUUUUUGUAUCGGUGGAAUAUGGACUGUAACUUUAUGUUAAUUGAUAUUUCAGAUGUCAGUGUUAUUUUGAUAUUACAUGUUACCUAUGUAUAGCAUACUCUGUAUUCGUGGAUUUUUUUGUCGUACGAUUGUAAUUAUUUAUUUAUUGUACAUUUUUUAAUAAUUUCUGAACUGCCAAAUCAAUUUUAUGUAGAAAUAGAUUUUAACAAAUUUAA